AAAAGGACAAAGACGAUAAACUGUGACUUUUCGUGUAAAGCGAGCGAUAGUCUAUACGCGUGAACUAAGCGCGUGUGUGCACGCAAAGGGAGAGACGAAAAAAAGAAAAGGGCAAAUUAAAUACAACUGGCGUGCAGUUGAUUUAAUGCGCUUUACAUUUUUUUUCGUUCUUUUGUAAUUGAUGUGUAGUAAGCGCAACUAAAAAGACGUAAGCAUAUCAAACAAAAUAGCGUAGUAACGACGAUUGUUUUUGGUUAUGGUCGCUGCGACGGCAACGGCAACGGUGAGGGCGGAGAGAGCGAGAGCAAGAGUGUGAGCAAGAGCCAAGAGCAACCAAACGUGGGUGCAACGUAAAUAUAUACAAAGAAAAUAAAUUAUAUAUACAGAUAGAUACAUAUACAUAUGUAUAUAUAAAUAUAUGCACAAUGCUGGAAUCUGAAAUAAUUGUGGCUAGCGACAGCAGCAGCAGCGAGGGCAGCUGCGUCAGCAGCGCUAACAACAGCAGAGAGCAACAGCAGCAGCAGCAGCAGCAGAGUGGCAACGCCAUCUUCCCAAAUUUGAAAUUUUCGGAAAUAAAACUAAAAGAUACCAGACUUUUACGCACCAACAAGGGCAGUGAGCAUAUACUACGUAUAAUCGAUGAAUAUAACAAACAUAUAAUCACAUGGAAUGUUAAUGAUCGUGAGCUGCCGCGCAGUUUUGGAGCAAAGCGACAUCAAGAGACUAUCGCUGGCUAUAUGUAUAAAAUGCAGCCCUGGCGCAUACGUGAACGCAUGAAGACACAAAGUGUAGCACUAGUGCUAUGCUUAAAUAUAGGCGUCGAUCCACCAGAUGUAGUCAAGAUCCAGCCAUGCGCCAGGCUAGAGUGUUGGAUUGAUCCGAGCUCGGUGUCGGCGCCCAAGGCAAUGGAGCUAAUUGGCAGCAAUCUGCAAAUGCAAUAUGAGCGUUGGCAGCCCAGGGCGCGCUAUAAAAAAUGCCACGAUCCGACGGUGGAGGAUGUAAAGAAGCUAUGCACAAGCCUAAGACGUAAUGCCAAAGGAGAACGUAUACUGUUUCAUUAUAAUGGACAUGGUGUGCCCAAGCCCACAGCCAAUGGAGAAAUCUGGGUUUUCAACAAAACCUUUACACAAUAUAUACCGCUCAGCAUAUUCGAGCUGAUCAAUUGGAUGAGUGCGCCUUCCAUAUAUGUCUACGAUUGCUCCAAUGCGGGCAUUAUAAUCAACUCCUUCCAACCUUAUGCCGAGCAGCAUGAGCAGGAAUUGGCAAGAGCCCAGGCUGCGGGCAUAGGCGCUAAUACACCUGCUGCAGUGCAGCAGCUGGUGAGCUACAAGAACUGCAUUCACCUGGCUGCCUGUGCUGCUAACGAAAUCCUACCCAUGAAUGCCCAGUUGCCCGCGGAUCUGUUCACCAGCUGUCUAACCACGCCCAUAAAUAUAGCGCUCAAGUGGUAUGCCAUGCAGGAGAAGUUGGGCAUGGUGCCGUGCAUACAGAGCGAGCUUAUAGACAAGAUACCGGGCAAGGUGAACGAUCGCCGCACCAUGAUGGGUGAGCUCAAUUGGAUAUUUACCGCUAUAACCGAUACGAUAGCUUGGAAUACAUUGCCGCGUGAGCUGUUCCAGCGUUUGUUUCGACAGGAUCUGCUGGUGGCCAGUCUCUUUCGCAAUUUCCUGCUAGCCGAGCGCAUACUGCGCUCCCACGACUGCACGCCCGUAUCGUUGCCUGCGCUGCCGCCUUGCCAUCGUCAUCCCAUGUGGAAAGCUUGGGAUCUGGUAGUGGAUCUGGCAUUGCAACAGCUGCCCGCCAUACUGGAUCAACAGGCGCCCUAUCGCCAGCUGCCCUUCUUCGAGCAUCAGCUGACUGCGUUCCAGGUGUGGCUGGAUAGCGAAUCGGAAACACGCACGCCACCCGAGCAGCUGCCCAUAGUGCUGCAGGUGCUGCUCAGUCAGGUGCAUAGACUGCGCGCGCUGGAGCUGCUCGCCAGAUUCUUGGAUCUGGGCCCCUGGGCAGUGAAUCUGGCACUCGGCGUCGGCAUCUUUCCCUAUGUGCUCAAGCUGCUGCAGAGCUCCACGCGCGAACUGCGACCUGUGCUGGUCUUCAUCUGGGCCAAGAUUCUCGCUGUGGAUCCCAGCUGCCAGGUGGACUUGGUGAAGCAAUACAAGUACUUCCUAAGCGUGCUGCAGGAUAACACAGUGAGCAAGCAGCAUCGCACGCUGGCUGCCUUUGUGCUGGCCUCCAUAGUGCACAACUUUCUGCUUGGCCAGACGAGCGCGCUGCAGGGACCGCUGCUCUCGAACUGCUUGGAGCAGCUGAACGACAGCAGCUGGCUGCUACGACAAUGGCUAGCCAUAUGCCUGGGCAUGCUGUGGCAACACUUUGAGCAGGCGCGCUGGUCCGGCGCACGUGAUCUGGCGCAUGAGAAGCUCUAUGUGCUGCUCAUGGAUCCCAUACCGGAGGUGCGUGCAGCGGCGGUCUUUGCGCUGGGCACAUUCAUCAGCUCCGUGACCGAUCGCAGCGAGGAGCAGGCCAACAAUAUCGAUCGCAUUAUAGCCAUAACGCUGCUCAAGACGGUGGCCGAGGAUAUGAGUCCGUUGGUGCGGCUGGAGCUCUUGGCUGCGCUUCAGUGGAUGGUGCUGCUGUUCGAGGCGCAGUUCGUCACAGUCUAUAUGGCGGAGCAGCCCAAGAGUGCCACCAUGUUGCAACAUGCGCACUCCACGCACAGCCUGGAGCGGCAUGGCCUGAUGCCCUCGCUGCGCACCAGCUCGAUAAGCAACAUGAGCAGCUGUGGCGGCAGCAGCAGCAGCGGCAUCCCCUAUCAGUCAAUCUUCAACACGCUCUGGCUGGGCAUACAGCAGCUGGGACAGGAUCCGUUUCCCAGCGUGGCGCAGGCGGCGCAGAAGAUCAUCAGCCAUGUGCAUGAAGCGGCGCUGAGCAUGUUCAUGGCCAAGGAGGCGACCACUGUGACUGCCCAGAGCGGCGGCGCCAAUGUGAGCAAUCGUGAUACGGACAAGCUCAGCAGCAGCCUGAGCGUCAGCCUGCCACCCAGUCCCAAUACGCGUGGCCACUACCUGCAGCAGUGCUCACCGCCUGUGGGCGUGGGCGUGGGCGUUGGAGUGGGUGUGGGUGUGACACACGGUGCGCCUGGAGCUACGCGCUUGAACAGCGCCUGGCUGAAAUAUCAGAGCAAGCUGCGCACCAGUUCCAUGAACGAGGACAGCGAUGUGGCUGCAGCGAAUGUGGCCAUGGGCGAAGCGCACUCGGGCGCCAGCAGCGGCAGCGAAAGUCAAGCCGAAGCCGCGCCCACCAAGUGCACAUUGCAGCCGAUUGUGCAAACGAACUUCAUACCCUGGGCCAUCAGCUACUUUACGCGUCCCGGCAAGCAGCGCUACAGCGAGCAGCAGGAGACGCAGCAGCUGUGGCCACAGGAUCGCAACUCGGCCGAGCUGCGGGCACGCGAGUAUCGCUGCCAGCGCAACAAUCUCAUCAAGCAGCAGCUCCAAGCGGGCGGCUGUGAGAGCAGCGUGCGCAGACUGGAUGCCUACAACUGGAAUCGGAAGACGCAGUUUACGCCCAGCCUGGUCAAGCUGGCGCCGUUCGAGCAGCAGAUAGCGGUGGCCUACAAGGACAAGGUGCUGCUCUAUGACUUUGUGCGCAAUUCGGUGCUUAGCUGGGCCGCCGACUCGGAGCUGAGUCGCGUGAGCAGCUUUGAGCUGCUGAAUGCGCAUGAUCUCGGCCUGUUGCUGGUGGCCCACGAGGAUGGCAAUGUGCGCAUUUGGCAGGCGGGCGAGGCGCAGGAGGAAGCGCGUCUGAUUAGCGCCUGGCAUGCGCUGCCACGUGCCAGCAACAGCAACAUACAUAGCUCCGGCUCCAGCUCUAGCUCCAGUUCCAGUGCCAGCUCCGACUAUGGCGUCGUUACAGCCUGGCAGCAAUCAUGCGAGCAUCUUGUCGUUGGCGGCGGCUCCUCCUCACGCUGCCUGCGCAUUUGGGACUUAAAGCGUGAAAUGCGCGUCACCGAUCUUGAAUCCGCACCCAUGCGCUCCGCUGUGCGCGUUCUGGCGCCCUACACCACCAACAUGGCCAGCAAUUUGGUCAUCGCCGGCUGCGCCGAUGGCUCUGUGCGUUUCUACGAUAAGCGCAGCUCCUACAUUGGCAUCUCGCGCCAGCAUAGCUCCUCCAUAAUACACGCCUGCCUGCGUCCCAACGAACGCACCUUGGUCACGGGCUGCGCUGCUGGGCGUGUAAAUGUUUUGGAUCUGCGCUCGAUACGCUCGCCCACCGGCGAUUGUCGUCCGCUGCGUCAGUGGGAGGCGGGCGCGGAUGUUACGGCCAUGGCUAGUCAUCAGUUCGAGGGCGCCAUUGCCUGUGGCAGCGCCUCCAAGAUAAGCAUCUACUCGCUCGAUGGUCGCACCUUGAACGUGCUGCGCAGCAACGAAGGUUUCAUGGGCUCCAUGGGCUCCAAAAUAGUGCAUCCAACUUGUUUGUCCUUUCACGAGUACAAGGUCCAGCUGGCGGUGGGCUUUGUGGAUAAUACUGUGGCUGUCUACAGUCCAACGCCAGUUUUAUAAGCUCUGUAGCCGCUGGAAAACGGACGUCGAUAAGAAUCCUGAUACAAUGUUCAAUGCACGUAGCUUCUUGGCGGAGCCGGC